GGGCAAAUAAUCAGGUCCAGACAACAGUACGAGGUGAGUAUCUUAUACAUGUAUUCGAUCAAAUCUGUUCCAUGCCAUCCUUCACGAGUUCUUCCCUGCUAAUCUACAAAUAUGUCUCAUUCACAUGUAAUCUGCACCUAAUCAGAGGUGUGUAUCUUUUGCAUUGUUUAGAUUUAAUUUGUUCCUGGUUAUUUCUUUUUUAAGGUCCUACGGCGGGUGUAUGCUCACUGAUCUGUUUUAUUUUUGGCAAUUUUACAUAGAUGAUGGAGUCAAAUUUAAUUUCCGAUGAAGUGGUCGAACAGAACAUGAUAUUUCAAGAGGAUGAUGCAGAUGUUUUCUUUGUGGAGGAGAAUGGUGACCAUUUGGAGGACCAACAAGUAGAACCGAUCAUGAUGUUGGAACCUAAGAAGGGGCUCAUGUUUGAUAGCGAGGAUGAUGCUGUUAAGUUCUACAAAGGUUAUGCAAGAAAGAAGGGGUUUGGUGUAGUAAGAAGAACCACUAGAUACGAUGAAGACAACAAGCUUGAUUAUUUUACUCUUGCUUGUAGUAGACAAGGGAAAGCUCAAUACUCGUCAAAGAACUCAUUUAAACCUAAUCCAUCGACAAGGAUGCAGUGUCCAGCUAAGAGUAAUUUUUCUCGCCGUGGAGAUAAGUUUUGCAUUAGUUCUGUUACCGUUGGCCACAAUCAUCCAAUAAGUCCAAGCAAAUCCAGAUUUUUGAGGUGUCAUAAGAAACUUGACUUGCAUGCCAAAAGGACACUAGAAUUGAAUGAUCAAGCAGGAAUCCGAAUGAACAAGAAUUUUGGUUCUCUUGUUAUGCAAGCUGGUGGCUAUGAUAAACUUCAGUUUGGUGAAAAGGAGUGCAGAAACUAUUUGCAAGAGACAAGAAGGUUGAAGCUUGGUGCCGGAGAUGCACAUGCGGUUUAUCAAUACUUCCUUCGUAUGCAGUCAAAGGAUCCUGACUUUUUCCAUGUUAUGGAUGUGGCCGAGGAUGGACGACUGAGAAAUGUCUUUUGGGCAGAUUCAAGGAGUAGAUCUACAUAUGAAUCUUUUUCGGAUGUCGUCACUUUUGACACUACAUACUUGACAAACAAGUAUAGCAUGCCGUUUGCUCCUUUUGUUGGCGUAAAUCAUCAUGGUGAAUCAGUUUUGUUAGGUUGUGGUCUUUUGUCUAAUGAAGAUACCGACACUUUUGUCUGGUUAUUUAAAUCAUGGCUAUGUUGUAUGUCAAACAAUCCACCAAAUGCUAUAAUCACUGACCAAUGCAAAGCAAUGCAGAAUGCUAUCGGAGAAGUUUUCCCUCUGGCGCGUCAUAGAUUGUGUAUAUGGCAUAUCAUGAAGAAGAUUCCUGAAAAGCUUAGUGGGUACGAAAAGUAUGAGAACAUCAAAUACACAUUGUCAAAUGCGGUUUAUGAUUCCUUGACCAAACAUGAUUUUGAUGAAGCUUGGCUACACAUGAUUGAGAAGUAUGAUCUCCACGACAAUGAAUGGCUUGGUGGGUUAUAUGGUAACAGAAAUCUAUGGGUACCGGCAUAUGUGAAAGAUACUUUUUGGGCAGGAAUGUCUUCAACACAAAGAAGUGAGAGUGUGAAUGCUUUCUUUGAUGGCUAUGUCAAUUCUAGAACAACUCUGAAGCAAUUUGCGGAGCAGUAUGAAAAUGCAUUACGAGACAAGGUAGAGAAAGAAAACAAGGCUGAUUCUAAGUCAUUCCAAGAGGUAAUUCCAUGCAUUACUCACUAUGACUUCGAGGGGCAAUUCCAGGCUGCCUAUACCAAUGCAAAGUUUGAAGAGUUUCAAGAUCAAUUGAGAGGUAAAAUAUAUUGCUAUCCAACUCUGUUGUACAAAGAAGAUUCACUUUUUACAUUUAGAGUCAGAGAGGACCGCAAGAUUUUUUAUGAAGGAGAGGAUGGAGAUAUUAAAGAGAAAUGGGUUAUUUUAGAGUUCACUGUUUUGUUCAACCAAGGUGAAUGCGAUGUGUGUUGUGUUUGCCGGUUAUUUGAAUUUCGAGGCAUCUUGUGUAGCCACAUACUUUCUGUGCUUGCUCUCAUGGAGAUUACAGAAGUACCUUCUAAGUAUAUACUGCAGCGAUGGAGAAAGGAUUUCAAGCGCAAACACACCUUUAUGAAAUGCUCCUACGAUGAUAGGCUGAAUACACGAGUUGUGCAACGUUACGAUAAUUUGUGCAAGCGUUCUCGUGAACUGGCAGAAAAUGGGGCUGAGUCUGAUGCAUUGCAUGAUUUGGUUAUGGAUGGCUUUAAUGAGUUACAGAUAAAGAUUGAUACAUACCGAACUACCCAUAAAAUUCUGGAGGAGGAUCCUACUUCAAAACAUGAUGCUACAAUGGUAAACAAGGAAAAAAUUGUACUCAACACAAUCCAUGUUCGCAGUGCCGGUCGCCCUCCCUCAAAAAGAAAGGAAUCUAAAGUAGAUCAAGUGGUCAAACGACUAAGAGCGAAGAAGCAACAGGUAUCAAAAAGUACAAAAGCAGUGUCAAGUCAAAAAGGGAGAAAGCUUGUACCAACUGAGCCAAGCGGCUAGCGUCCCUUCCCUCUCCCCUCGUGCACACCCUGCUCAGCGUCCAGGAGGUCGCCAUGACUUCCGCCUCCGAUGAGCCUGCUGGCCUGCAAGCUCAAUCGAUGGGGACAGACCAUGAGACCAUGAGAUCCUCCGUCUCCGAUGAGCCUGCUGACCUGCCGUCGCUAGCAUCUAACUUUGGUGAGAUAUUUGUACAGAUUGAUAGCAAAUCGAUGGAGCAAGAGCUGGUACAAGCUAGAAGACUCCAUUCAGCACACGGAGGGGAUAAGAUAAGGCAGCUUGCUUUGUAAAGAAAAUUACACGUUACUAUUUAGGAGGUGGGGGCAUACUGAACAGC